AUGAUAAAGAUUUCGCGUAGUGCUGCCGGCGUAUGGAAUAAUUUAGAAGACACGAAUUCAACGAAAAUUUAUUUUAGAAUUUUGGCAAAAAUCGCUAAAGAAAAUUGGAAAGUAAUUGAUAAUAACGAAAUCGUUGUUGCCACAUCUCCAUCACCUUUUCUUUUAGAAAGUUUUUCUUCGACCAGUUCUGAAGCUGAUUUAUUUGUUCCAAUAGAAAAUGAACCAUUGAUAAAUAAUGGAAAUGACAUUAGCACAAAUGAAUUGGUUGCCAUUAUUCCACAAGCAAAUCUCAUAGAUACAUCAUUCAUUGCUCCGGACGUUGACAUUGCAGGUCCACUAGAUGAUGAUAUUCAUAAUAGUAAUAGUGGUGAUAAUGACGAUGUAGUAACGAUUUCGGGAGAAAUCAUUUUGCAAUUUUCUUUGCCUAUUUCGCGUAGUGCUGCCGGCGUAUGGAAUAAUUUAGAAGACACGAAUUCAACGAAAAUUUAUUUUAGAAUUUUGGCAAAAAUCGCUAAAGAAAAUUGGAAAGUAAUUGAUAAUAACGAAAUCGUUGUUGCCACAUCUCCAUCACCUUUUCUUUUAGAAAGUUUUUCUUCGACCAGUUCUGAAGCUGAUUUAUUUGUUCCAAUAGAAAAUGAACCAUUGAUAAAUAAUGGAAAUGACAUUAGCACAAAUGAAUUGGUUGCCAUUAUUCCACAAGCAAAUCUCAUAGAUAGUAUGAUUGAUCGUCGACGAUGA